AUGACAACCUUCUCGCUGGUGACGCUUUGUAUCGUCGCACUUUUGAUCGUCGUGCGAUAUCAAAAAGAGAUCUUCAACUGGUCUAAGACGAUAUUAAGACAAAAAGGGCUGUUGAAAAAUGACGCCGCAGACGACCCGUCAAAUGUUAAGCGCCUCGCGCCAUACCCGGCACAGCCUAUUCGAGGUAGAAAGCAAUACCGCGUCAUGAUGGAUGUUCGCAGGAUGGACUCCCAGAACUGGCUCACUCUCGACAAGCACUACAUAGAAGAACACCGCGUACGGGACCACCUGCUACGUGAGAAAAGGUCCGAAGUCCUGCGAUGCUUGCCCGAGUCACUCGAGGCCUGUCAGGAAGCACUAGAGGAUGUAUCCGACUUUCUCUGCCAGCGAUUUCCAAACAUGUUCGAAAAGAGCUCCGAAAACGACCAAACAUUCAUUCGAAACUGCAUGACCGGAGAAAAGUUUGAUCUAGGCAGAUCAGCCCCAAGUGGAAUCGACACCGACGCCCUGGAGGCAGCUGUGCGACUCACGAUGGAAGACUUGAGUAUUAUAAUGCUCAAUGAGGAAGGUGAAUACUAUUUGGCAGCCAGUGCUAGCUUAUUUCCUACGGGCUGGACUGUUCAGGAACGAAUCGGAUGGACAAUUUCUCGAAUGCACGAGCCUGUACCAUUGUGGCAUCAACAGGUUGCCAGUUCCGUCAGCAAGUUUCUGGUACGCCUCACCCCAGCUUCACCCAUGGAGCGCUCCAAUUAUUUUGUGGAAAUCAGGCGACCCGAUGAGAAUCUCUUCGAAAUCUUAUACCGCCCUGGAUCUCUCUGUGAGAAGGAGCUGGAUAACCCGUUGCCCGAAGAAAUCAUUAUUCGUCGAGAGAGACAGACUUUCCGCCGACUUCCUCCUUCCCAUGCAAGACUGGAGAAUCUCGUUACCGAGAUGAAGAGUUGGCCCGACCAUGUGAGCGAGUACAAAGGCAAACAUGUUUGGAGUAAGAAGGUUUUGGAGUUCUACAACAAGCGUGUGGCUACCGCUCCUUGCGAAACUAAGGAGAAGGUUGAAGUUUGA